UUUUCAUCGUAUUGGCUGUCAAUCUGACAGAAGCUGUCAAUUUCAAGUUAUUUCGAUGAUGUCAAAUGCAAAACGCAGAAAAUCCAUUCCCGUUUUCAGUGGUGGCUCGAAGAUUUGUGCGACGAUAUUUGAUUUGUAAAAUACAGAAAAAUGGUCUCCCUAAACCCAGUUCGUAUUUUGAAGAAUGAAGCCGAGGAGGAAAAAGGUGAAAUCGCUCGACUGUCGUCGUUCGUGGGUGCGAUCGCCAUCGGUGAUCUGGUCAAGAGCACACUCGGCCCCAAGGGAAUGGACAAAAUUCUUGUCGCGCACGGCCGCAGCGCCGGACAGGUCGAGGUGACCAACGACGGAGCCACCAUUUUGAAAGCGGUCGGUGUGGACAAUCCCGCGGCAAAGAUUCUGGUCGACAUGAGUCGCGUUCAGGACGACGAAGUUGGCGAUGGAACCACCUCGGUUACGGUGUUCGCAUCGGAAUUGUUGCGCGAGGCUGAGAAGCUGAUCGAACAAAAGCUGCAUCCUCAGACAAUUAUCGCAGGUUGGCGUGCUGCCACCCAGGCAGCCAGGUCCGCUCUGAUUGCUGCGGCCCAGGACAAUUCACAAAAUGUGGACAAGUUCCGGGAGGAUCUGAUGAACAUUGCCCGCACAACGCUGAGUUCUAAGAUUCUGUCACAGCACAAAGAGUACUUUGCCAAGCUGGCAGUCGAUGCUGUGAUGCGCCUCAAAGGAUCCGGCGAAAUGACCGCAAUUCAGCUUAUCAAGAAAACGGGUGGUACCCUGGAGGAAUCGUUCCUGGAUGAAGGAUUUUUGCUGGACAAGAAGCCAGGAGUUCAUCAGCCUAAACGCGUAGAAAAUGCAAAGAUCUUGAUUGCUAACACUCCAAUGGACACUGACAAAAUCAAAGUGUUCGGUUCGAGCAUCAAGGUCGACUCCAUGGCCAAGAUUGCCGAGUUGGAGGUUGCUGAGAAAGAGAAGAUGAAGGACAAAGUCAAUAAGAUCCUCGGACACAAUUGUACUGUGUUCAUCAACCGCCAGCUGAUCUACAACUACCCGGAGCAGCUGUUUGCCGAUGCUGGUGUGAUGGCCAUCGAGCAUGCUGAUUUCGAUGGCAUCGAACGUCUGGCUCUUGUAACUGGCGGAGAAAUCGUAUCCACUUUCGAUAAUCCUGACCUGGUCAAGAUGGGCCGUUGUGAUUUGAUCGAACAGGUGAUGAUCGGAGAGGAUACACUGCUGCGCUUCAGUGGCGUCCCGUUGGGUGAGGCUUGCACCGUUGUGAUCCGUGGGGCCACUCAACAGAUCAUCGAUGAAGCAGAGCGUUCGCUUCACGAUGCACUUUGCGUGCUGACCGCUACUGUAAAGGAAACGCGCAUUGUUUAUGGUGGUGGCUGCUCAGAAACGCUAAUGGCCACGGCGGUGUACAAGCUCGCAGCCGAAACAGCCGGCAAGGAAGCCAUGGCCAUGGAAUCGUUUGCUCGUGCCUUGCUCCAGUUGCCCACGACCAUCGCCGAUAACGCUGGAUACGAUUCCGCUCAGUUGGUAUCGGAGCUCCGCGCUGGACAUUCACAGGGCAAGAACACCCUUGGAUUGAAUAUGUACGAAGGCAAGGUUGGCUGCAUGAAGGAGCUUGGCAUCACUGAAUCGUUCGCCGUGAAGAGACAAGUGCUGUUGUCCGCAUCGGAGGCCGCAGAAAUGAUUCUACGCGUGGAUAAUAUUAUUAAGAGUGCACCAAGGAAGCGUGUCCCGGACCGUGGAUACUGCUAAGCUAAACUUUAUUUAUAGUUACUCGUGUAAUUGCGCGUUUUGUAUCACUCACAUUAUAACACUUCCCGUUACUAAGCUUACUAUCUAUGUUUAAUCGUUCAUCCACGCGAAUCAUCUCAGUCAUGGUUUUUUGAUCAACCAAAAACGACAGUAAUUGAAUCACUUCUUUGCUGAAUAACUUAUAAUUGCACCAGACCCCUUAAAUAACCAAUUUGUUUGCGAUUAAAAGUUGCUAAUUAGUGAAACAUAAACUCAGAAUCAAUAAGCAACUUUGGCCAUUGAAGCGCUAGUCGCUUGAUUCACAGCCUAACAUUUUACUGCAAAAAUAAAGGUCAGAUUUAUUCAUUACCAAUCCAUAA